CUGAACCUUCAAAAUAAUGCAGCCGCGCAAUGUGCCAUGUGAUACUUUACGCGGUAACCAUCCACAACAAACUCAGGAUAGCCUCCAUUGCAGUUUGAAAACACCCGUCUUUGGCCUCUCAUUGCGUGAAACCUGCAGGCAGGUGAGAUGCUGAGCUCCAAGCUGCUGACCCUGGUGCUGGUGGUCCGGCCGGGCAGGGUGCUGCUGGGCAUGAAGAAGAGAGGCUUUGGAGUCGGGAAAUGGAAUGGCUUCGGGGGCAAAGUUCAGCCUGGAGAAAGCAUUGAAGAUGCUGCAAGGAGAGAGCUGCUAGAAGAAAGCGGCCUCACCGUGGAUGCCCUUGAGAAGAUCGGCAAUAUAAAGUUUGAAUUUGUCGGAGAGACGGAGCUGCUUGAUGUCCAUAUUUUCCGAGUUGACACUUACAACGGCGAGCCCACAGAAUCAGAUGAGAUGAGGCCUCAGUGGUUUGAGUGUGACAAAAUACCCUUCAGUCAAAUGUGGGCAGAUGACAUCAUGUGGUUUCCUCUGAUGCUUCAGAAGAAGAAAUUCAGAGGCUAUUUCAAGUUCCAGGGCCAUGACGUGAUCCUCAGCCACGAGCUGGAGGAGGUGGAGGAGCUCUGAGAUAACGUGGCAGGCCCGCGUUACCGGUGAUGAGACACAAAAAAAAAAGAUUUGUUCUUUGCAUGCCCAACAGUUUGAGUUCUCUGUUCAGUUUCAUUUGCGGGAGGACGUGGAAAGUCCCCGAGGAUUCAGCAAAACCAUGAAAACAGUUCCUUUUUUAAUUCCUCAGAAAAAAUGACGACGGUUCUUUUUUUUUUUUUUUCUUAAUGUCAAAUGACUUUGUGUUAUCCAAAAAAAUCAAAGCAGCAGUUUUUUGUCAGUUUAUUUUGUUGCAAUGCACAAAUCAGCAAGGUCUUUUUGACCUUUUUAUCAUGACAAUAUUUACAUAACAUCUACAAUGUAGCUGUAUUUCAUAUUGUAUUUGAGCACAUUCACUUCAUUUGAUUUCAAAUACAUUUUUGUCAAAACAAA